ACCUUCCCCUGGAGCCCCCCAGGACACCCCCCAGCCCCCCCCAGUCUGAGCGGGUACCUGUGCAGGGUGAACGACAGCAUCCUGUUCGUCAACGAGGCGGAUGUGCGGGAGGUGACACACAGCGCGGCCGUGGAGGCGCUGAAGGAGGCCGGCGCCGUCGUCCGCCUCUACGUCAUGCGCCGCAAGGCCCUGGCCGAGAAGGUGGUGGAGGUCAAGCUCAUCAAGGGGCCCAAAGGGCUGGGGUUCAGCAUCGCGGGGGGCGUGGGGAACCAGCACAUCCCGGGGGACAACAGCAUCUACGUCACCAAAGUCAUCGAGGGCGGCGCCGCGCAUAAGGACGGGCGGCUGCAGAUCGGGGACAAGAUCCUGGCCGUGAACAACGUCAGCCUGGAGGACGUGAUGCACGAGGAUGCGGUGGCGGCGCUGAAGAACACCUACGACGUCGUCUACCUGCGGGUGGCUAAGCCGGCCGCCACCUUCCUUGGGGACGCCUUCGCCCCCCCUGACGUCACCAGCUCCUACUCAGCGCACCUGGAUGCAGACCUCGGUCCCCAAAGCUACCUGGGCCCUGAGUUCCCCCCGGCCAUGACCCCCACGUCCCCCCGGCGCUACUCCCCCGGCCCCAAGGACCUGCUGGCUGAGGACGACGUCCCCAGGGAGCCGCGGCGCAUCAUGAUCCACCGGGGCUCGACGGGGCUGGGCUUCAACAUCGUUGGGGGGGAGGAUGGCGAGGGCAUCUUCAUCUCCUUCAUCCUCGCCGGGGGCCCGGCCGACCUCAGCGGGGAGCUGCGCAAGGGCGACCAGAUCCUCUCUGUGAACGGCGUGGACCUGCGCAGUGCCACGCACGAGCAGGCGGCAGUGGCGCUGAAGAAUGCCGGCCAGACCGUCACCAUCAUCGCCCAGUACAAGCCCGAGGAGUACAGCCGCUUCGAGGCCAAGAUCCACGACCUGCGGGAGCAGCUGCUAAGCAGCAGCCUGGGCUCGGGCAGCGCGUCCCUGCGCAGUGACCCCAAGCGCGGCUUCUACGUCCGGGCGCUGUUCGACUACGACAAGGCCAAGGACUGCGGGUUCCUCAGCCAGGCACUCAGCUUCCGAUUCGGGGAUGUCCUCCACGUCCUGGACGCCUCCGACGAGGAGUGGUGGCAGGCACGGCACGUCCUGCCCCCCGGGCAGCCCCCUGACAUCGGCUUCGUCCCCAGCAAGCGGCGGGUGGAGCGGCGGGAGUGGACGCGGCUAAAGGCGAAG